UCUAGAAACUGACAAGCAUUACACCUGCAAUAACAUCUGCUAAAUAUGUUUUUUGUGACCAAUAAAAUCGGAUUUGUUUUCAAAUCGGACCGACCGUUAUCAGCUGUACAGGCUUCAGACGGUUCCCAAGAUGCUGGUGGGAGUCGUAGAGCAAACGUUUUUUACGAGUUCGUUUAGUAUGCUAAUUCGAUUUCCGUGGGGGAGCUGACAUGGACUCUAGGGGGUCUUAAGAGGUGAUAAAUAAAUGAUCACAGAAAAGCUGUGUAAUCAGAACAGUAGUAGUUGAAAACUAUCAUUUUCCCUCAAUAGAACUUUGAGCAACAGUCGUCGGCAUCUCUCCUCUGUGCUGUGUGAGGAGACAGAGCGGCUCGCUCACACAGACAGAGCGGCUCGCUCACACAGCAGCCCACAGACAGCGCCGGGCAGAUACUUUCAUAGCAGGAAUCAACAUAAUGUGUUUACUGUUGACCCAAUAAUGGUUUUAAUCUACAGGAACCGGUGUGUAUUAAAAUUACAGACAUAUGCAAAAUACGCCGGGUAAGAGGAAGGCAAUGUCGGUGUCAAUCAUUUUCAGUUUUUCGUCCCAGCUACACUUCAUGGGUUUGGUGAAGGACAAGGUCUCCAAGGUGGUGAGAACAGGCUGCACCAUGGGAGAUUUGGUUCUACAUUAUGAGAGUAGGCCUCAGCUGUUUCACUAUUACUCAGUCAGGUCAUCAGAGGUCAUCAAAGGUCAUUAGAGGUCAUCAGCGAAGCAUCGUAACUCUGAAGUUGACAGCUUUGAUGCAGUACAGGUCCAGAGGUCCAAGAUGACAGAAGAGGUGAUUGUCAUCGCCAAAUUUGACUACCUGGCUCAGCAAGACCAGGAGUUGGACAUUAAGAAGAACGAGCGGCUGUGGCUGCUGGACGACAGUAAGUCCUGGUGGAGGGUCCGCAACGCCACCAACAAGACCGGCUUCGUACCCUCCAACUACGUAGAGAGGAAGAACAGCGCCAGGAAGGCAUCCAUCGUCAAGAACCUCAAAGACACACUAGGCAUUGGGAAGGUGAAGCGGAAAACGGGGAUGCGUGACACUGCCUCCAACGCCGACGCCGACAUGUACUCCGACAACGGCGAGCGUCUGUACGACCUCAACCUGCCGGCGCUCGUCAAGUUCAGCUACGCCGCCGAGCGGGAGGACGAGCUCUCGUUGGUCAAGGGCACCCACGUUAUCGUCAUGGAGAAGUGUAGCGACGGCUGGUGGCGUGGGGGGUACCAGGGGCGUUCCGGGUGGUUCCCCUCCAACUACGUGACAGAGGACGCAGACGGGACAGCGGGGGGAGGAGGUUUGGGAGACCCGGCAGGGUCGCUGACUGAGAAGCUAGCAGCGGUGGUUCACAGUGUGUCUAACGGGAACCGGGUACUCCACACGGUGCAGGCGCUGUACCCUUUCAGCUCGGGGAACGACGAGGAGCUCAACUUUGAGAAGGGAGAGGUGAUGGAGGUGGUAGAGAAACCAGACAACGACCCUGAGUGGUGGAAGUGCCGUAAAGCAGAUGGACAGCUGGGACUAGUGCCUAAGAACUACGUCACUGUGCUGCCUCCCCAGCAGGACUCUACUACCCAGAAUGCUUCACCGGACCCCGCGGGGCCGCCCACGCCCGACUGUGACUACAUCUCUCCGGCCACGGUGGGGCGGUUUGCUGGGAAGCCAUGGUACUAUGGCAAGGUGACGCGUCAUCAGGCAGAGGUGGCUCUCAACCAGAGAGGAGUGGAGGGAGACUUCCUCAUCAGAGACUCUGAGUCAUCGCCCAGUGAUUUCUCCAUCUCUCUGAAGGCCCAGGGGAAGAACAAGCAUUUCAAGGUUCAGUUGAAGGAUGGUUUGUACUGCAUUGGCCAGAGGAAGUUCAGUUCUCUGGAGGACUUGGUGGAUCACUACAAGAAGGCUCCCAUCUUCACCAGCGAGCAGGGAGACAAGCUCUACCUGGUUAAGGCCCUGGCUGCCUCUUGAUCACACACUCUUAAACACACACACACACACAUGAUGACAAACUUUUACACAUCACAAGGACUUCCUAUGUGCCGGGAGCCGUGAUCAUUCCAUUAGGAAAGGGGGAGGAAGAGAGAAAAAGAGAAGUGGAGAGGGAGAAAAGGACAUUGGACUCUCCUUUAUGUAAAUCAUCCUAUCUUACCCAGAUCAUGUGUUUAGGUCAUAAUGCCAUCUUCUAGAUAUAAUAGGCUGUUUCUGUUUAUAAUAUAUAUACAUAUAUAUUCUUUUAAGUUUCUUUAAAAAAAAAAAAUUUUUUAAAAGUGAUGUUUUGAACUCAAACAACAAGGAGUCGUAGUGACGAGGCGGUUUGGUCGUUGGUCUCGCCGAUGGUCGCCGUUGGUCGCCGAUGGUCACCGUUGGUCGCCGAUGGUCGCCGUUGGUCGCCGAUGGUCGCCGUUGGUCGCCGAUGGUCACCGUUGGUCGCCGUUGGUCACCGUUGGUCGCCUAGCUACACAUUUCAACGGACUUGUUGUGCCGUUGUCGGUCUUAACUCUUUCAACGUCGUACAACAACUGAUAUGUGGUAAAUAAACAAUAAUCCACACUUCUCCUAACUGCUCAACCUAAAUAAAAAUGAUUAAGUGACCAAA